UCAAGUACGUGUUUGCUUCAUUUUUGGGACAGAGCAAUCCGACAACGAACAACCACCGCCCCCCCGCCCCUCAAGUACCAAAUUAAUACCUAUCAAGCAUAAUCAUAUCCUCCUCUUCCUUCAGUUGUUAGUUGGCAAAGCGUUCGAGAUCUUCUUCUUUUCAUUUUUGUUAGAUGGCUCUAAACCCUCAACUGUUCCCGAACGGGAUGCCCGUUCCUUUCGUCAACGAGCUGUUUGUCUUGACCAGAGACGGCGUCGAAUUCGAGGUCGAUAAGAUUCCCGGGUCUCAUGGCGGUCACUUUAAAGCAAAGGGAACAAUCUACUUGUCCAAUAUACGCAUGGUCUUUGUUGCAAACAAGCCUGUUGGGAACUUAACUGCUUUUGAUAUGCCUCUGCUUUAUGUCCAUGGUGAAAAAUUCAAUCAACCAAUAUUUUUCUGCAACAAUAUUUCUGGUCAAGUGGAGCCUGUAGUUCCAGAAAGCCAGCACAGGGCACUUUACUCCACUCAUUCAUUCAAGAUUUUGUUCAAGGAAGGGGGCUGUGGAACCUUUGUUCCACUAUUUUUUAACUUGAUCUCUUCAGUGAGACAAUACAAUCAACAAUCUAACUCGGGGGAACAACCUCGUUUGGAUCCUCUGCAAGCAGCACAAACUCCUGUUGAUGAAAUGAUGAGACAUGCAUACGUUGAUCCUAAUGAUCCAACAAGAAUAUUUUUACAGCAGCCCACAUCUGAGUCUCAACUGAGGAGACGCACGUACAAGUCCCACUCUGCUGAGGACGCUAUGUAAUAUUAAUCCCAUGUAUUAUAGCGUAUGAUUACAUGUUUGAAGAAAACUAGUAAAUUACUACUAUUUUGAAGAAUAUUCAUUGUUUUGCUGUGUGUUGUUUGCUUUGACCUGGUUUUGCUGGUUUUUUUUUUUUUUUGUUCAAACCAGGAGCUGAAUCCGGCUGCUGUUCUGGUUUUUUUUCUGCUGUACUUGUGGUUGUUAGAUGUGUUUCUCUCUAACUGUGUAGUUGUCUAGUUUGAUUUCCUUCUGGAAGUUGUAAUUGUUGGUUCUAGCAUUUUAUAUGCUAGUGUUUGUACGGAUUGAUUUUCCUCGAUACAAAAGUUACUUUCAUCAAAAUAUA